GUUAUUGGUUCGUACUCGUGGCAAUAUGGCGGACGGUGAACCCAAUCUUGAGAUUGCCGAAAAUCCACAAGAUUUAACAAUUACUGAGGACCAGAACACCUCUAUCGAAACCGGAGGAGCUCAAGAAAAAGGAGCCAAAGAAGAACCGUACAAUUAUGGAUUUUCUUUACCGGAAUAUUACAAACUUUGCCUGCAGUAUUAUCAUAGAGAAAAGCAAAUAAUAAAGCUGACAUAUGAUGAUAAAGUUCAACUGACAGCCUUUUGGAAGCAGAUUUCUAGUGGAGCUUAUGAUCCUGAAAAAUACCCAGAUGUAGGGUAUUUUGAUGUCAUUGGUAAUGACAGGAGGAGAGCAUGGGAAAGCCUUGGCAGCAUGCAGCCCAGAGAAGCCAUGAAGAAGUUCUGUUCAUUACUUGGCACAUGUUCCCCUGAGCUAGGUCCUUGGAUGGAAGCACAGCAGAAGGAGAAAGAAGAGAAAGAGAGACUGAGAAAGGAAGAGGAGGAAAGAUUACGAAGAGAAGCUGAGGAGGUCGCUGAACAAGAAAGACAAAGACUGCUAGCAGAAGAAAUGAGGAGAAAAGCUGAAGAAGAAGAAAGAAGAAAACAAGAAAUAAUAGCACAGCAACAACAAGAGGAGCAAUUUUUACAGCAACAGGAACAUCUCCAACAACAGCAACACCAACAUCAAACACCAGAGCCACAGCCCAAGACAUUAGCCGUGAAUGGCACACCUAGGAUAGCACCCGCUUCGUUAUGGACUCGUCCAAAGGUCCAGGAGUUUAUUCAACAUGUCAAGUCUGACCCAAGUUCUGUGUUAGUUGUUGGACGCGGUGAGACAAUGACAGUCCGUGUGCCUACACAUGAAGGAGGAACGUGUUUGUUCUGGGAGUUUGCCACUGAGUACUACGACCUUGGCUUUGGAGUCUCCUUUGAAUGGUCGCAACCGCAAACCAAGAAUAUCACGGUCGCCGUCAACGAAUCGGACGACGACGAGUUCGCAGAAGACGAUAAAGCGACUGAAAACGAGUCCAGUCCCCCCAAGCCAAGAAUAGACGAGGUUCUCCCAGUGGUUCGGAGGCCUUGUAACGAGGAAGUGAUUGUUGGUAGCCACAUGUAUCCUGGCCGUGGUGUGUAUCUACUCAAGUUUGACAACUCAUAUUCACUCUUUAGAUCAAAGACAUUAUAUUAUCGUGUUUAUUACACUCGAUGAUGGCGGAUGAAUGAUAGAAUUAGAGCGAAAGACAAUUCAGUUUGAACUGGUGGGGAAGAUUUUAAAGAAGUAAUCAAACUAAGGUGCAGGUUUACUUUAC